CUGACAGUCAGUUUUGCAAUGUCAACACUUUCUACACUCGUGAUUUUUUACUCUUUGACUGUCGUUGUCUCUCACUUCACAACUGGAUAGCGUUGGGCUUUCUUCUGCAAUUAUGGCUGCUUAAGGAUGAUUCAACAUGGCAUGUGGUGUGUGAGGGCCAUGUACCACAGUGAUGGCUGUGGAGGACAGUAAAAGUGUUGUGAGAACUGUUGUCAAAGAAAGUCUGUGAUAAACCUAGUCUUCAUUUGUGAUCUCAGCUUUGUUUAUAUCUUAAUUUAUUGCUCUUUGUUCUGAAUCAGCAUUAAUUAUUAUCUUUACACCAAAUACUGCAAAUUCAGGGAUACAAGGAUGUACAUAAAGGAAAGAUUGAUCUUUCUGAGAAAAAGAUGAAAGUUUUAUUAUUUUGCAUUUGAGCUCCCGAAUUGGAGUUAGAAUAUAAUCAUGCCGUUGGCACAUUUUGACAUGGAAUGUGGGCCAAAAUGUCGGUCUGAACGGCAUGCACAAGAUUUGAAUGCUGCCAUUACUCGAGGCAGCCUCCGAGAAAUCCAGGCAUACUUCAAGCUUUGCCACAAUGCUGGAUGCAUGUCAGACUCUUUUAGAAGAACGGCCUUGCACCUGGCUGCAUCAUGUGGGAAGUGUGAAAUUGUUGACUGGUUGCUGACGACAAAGAAAUCAGAUCUGUCUGCUAAAGAUGAGGAGUCGGGAUGGACGGCCUUACAUCGAGCUGUAUUCUAUGGUCAGCUGGGGGCAGUGAGGAUACUGCUACAGGCAAUGCCUGAUCUUACAAUUCGAGACCGAGAAGGUCUUGGACCUUUAGACAUCAUACAGAAAGAUAGGCCUGGCUAUGUGACCUACUCAUCUAAAGAUGAGAAUGAGGUUUACUCAUGGGGAGACAACUCCAACCUGACUCUGGGUCAUUCGGUAGAGCAGAGGCGACCUGUGCCAGAGGCUGUGGAUACUUUCCGAAAACUACAGUUUAAUGUUCAGCAGGUUGUGUUGUGUAAGUACCACACUGUUUUCCUGACAGCCUGUGGUAAGGUGCUGACAUGUGGUCAUGGUCAAGGGGGAAGACUGGGUCAUGGAGAUGAACAGACCUGUCUGAUACCACGUGUGGUGGAGGCCAUAGGGAAGGACAUGUGCAUCCAUGUGGCAGCUGCUAGAGGCCACACUGUGUUCCUCAUGCAAGGGGGGACUGUUUACACUUGUGGACUGAAUGAUUGUCACCAACUAGGACAGUUUCCCCUACCCCAGAAAAGCCUGGCCCCGAAACUGGUCAAUCAUAAAAUGUUGAAGGGUAAACGAAUCAGUGGCAUAUGUGCUGGCCGUUUCCACACAGUGAUAACCACAUCAGACUCGCCCAACGCUGUGUACACAUUCGGACUGAAUGCAGGACAGUUGGGUCACCCUAAGGGAGAGGUGUACCAGAGCCAGCCCAGAUUAGUGGCCUACCUCAACCAUGAGCACUUCAGCAUUGAGAUGGUGGCGUGUUCUGAUGCAGCCGUAGUCUGUCUGACCACCCAGGGAGAUAUUUAUGUGCUACACAAAUAUCAGUGCCGUAGGGUUGCUAAUAGAUGGCAGGACAUAACAAAGAUAGAAGUGAGCGGUGGACACCUUGACCACCAGGCUGACCGGGAUUUGUUACGAGAGUAUGGAGGCACUGAGCUGACCAUAGCUCUUCUCCACUCGACAGGCAGGGUAUUCCUGUGGAAACAGUCGAGCCUGACAGUGAAGCGAUGCCACUGGGCUAUACGCCGCCCCCUAGUGGUGAGUGACAUGGCACUCAGCUCCCAGAACCUGGUUGUUGUCACAGAGGACGGGGAAGGAUUUGUGGGUCAUGUUAGUCAGUGCAAAGCUCAGGCACAACCAAAACAGCAAGAAUCGGCAGGAGGAGAUAACUUUGCCAUGAUUCGCCUAAUGGACCUGCUACUUAAGGAUGAAGUGGAGGAGGUACAGGUUCAUCGCAUUCCGUUGAUUUUCAGGGCGACGCGCGUAUCUACAGACAGGAAGGGGCGCAACUACGUUGUGACUCAGACUACUCCGAAUUCAUGUUUGACUGACGUGCCAUCAGUGUCUUCUUCCAGCAUGGUGUCUGAUCUCAGAGCGUUACUGGAGGAGGCUGAUCCAGCAGACACAAUCCAUGAUGUACUGAUCAAGGUUGGACAUGACUACUUUCCAGCACAUAAAUACAUCCUUGCAUAUCGCAGUGAAUACUUCAAGAAGCUGCUUAGUAUAGAACAGGAUGACGACGACGAAAAGGUUGCAGAGAUAGCUCUAGAUGAUGAUGUUCACCCUGCAAUUUUCAAACAACUCCUACUGUUCAUAUACACAGAUACAUGCGAUCUUCUGCGGAUAGGCGCGCGCUUUGAGUUGAUGCAGGUUCCAUGUCUCAGCGCCAGAAAUGACAUCUUUGAUUUUGAGCCGCACUUUAGCGUCAGUGAGACCUCAGCUGUAGAGAAGACAUGCCCUGAGGCUGGACAGAAAACAAAAGUGAAACGAAAAAAGAAAAAUGGACUUAAGAGUCAGUUGUCUGGUGAGGCCGAGAAAAAACCACAGAAUGGUAAAAGUCCCAUUAAGAUGCUUCAAGACUUGGCCAAGAGAUACAGUGUCAAAGCUCUGUCCAAGCGGCUGGAAUCUGUGAAGUUUGUUGAUGGUAUUGUGCAGUCCAGUGGAAAGUCCAUCCCUAAACCAAAUUUGAAAUUUGAUCGGAAAAAGCUGGCCUCCCUGUACGAUGUUGCCAUAGAAGGAGAAGAUGGGCAUGUGGUUCAGUGUCACAAGUGUAUAGCUGUGGCCAGACUAGAGUACUUCCACAGCAUGAUGGCCAGGGGAUGGAUUGAGACAUCCAACACUGCAGCCCUGUCUCUGCCCAUACCUGGUGACUAUCUGGAGACCAUUUUAGAUUUCCUCUACGCUGGAGAUGCACCAGGAAUUCGAGGUUGCAGUGACACAGAGAGACUGUGUAAUGUACUAGUGGUGGCUGACCAGUUGUUGAUAAUAGCCCUGAAGGAGAUGUGUGAAGUAGCCCUGGCUAGUCUCUUGACACUACGGAAUGCUGGAGACAUGCUGGAGUUUGCCUCCAUGUACAACGCUACACAGCUGAGAGCCACCUGUCAGCAGUACAUCUGUCUGAACCUUGCCAGUAUACUGGAGGCCAGGGGGCUUGAAGUGCUCAGUGAUGAUGUAAUGGCAGAAUUGACCCAGUAUUACAGGAAUAUGGUGCCGGCCAUGUGUCGGCGUCAGAUCACACCCUAUGACGAGGGCCCAGGGAGAGACUAUCUGGAGGCCUUAGCAGCUGACUAUCAUGGGGAUGAGGAGGAGUUUGGGGCAGGGGACAGCGCCAGAAAGAAACCUAAACCAAAGAGGAAACGGGCACGGCAAAAGAGCACUGGAGAGGAGGCUGGUGCAGGCAGCUGCGCGACUAGCCUGUUUGGUAGACGCACAGACAGACAGACGUCCAUCAGUUCAGAGACCAGUGUCAGGUCUGAAGAAGAGGAGAUGGACGUCAUGGGAGAGGAGCAACAUGAACUGGCGAAACCAUCAGCUGAUCACCAUGUGACCUCAGCCCGACCUGCCCAAAAACGAGUUGAAAACAACCCAUGGAACAUGGCCUCCAGUCCUCCUAUGUCAGAGUUACCUACCCCUGACAGCCCUCAGUCUGGCGUCAGCCUCCGUGGGAUCAUGACCGAGGAAGGGGAUGUUCAUAAACCGGAUGGUGCCAGGUCUGCCAGUGUUGCUCUAAAAAAGUCAACAAAGCUGUCUCAGAAAGAAAGGAAGAAACUUCUGGCUGCCAAAAACCGAGUACCCUCAGUAGCAGAGACGUCAGCGUCUAAGGGCCCUGUCGCUUCUCCCUGGGGUGGAGAUGCUGGGCAUGGGACCAGUUCUGUAGCGACACCUUGGGGAGGAGUGAGUCGGGUCGUACAGUCUUUCAGGGAUCUGAUAUUAGAAGACAAAGAGCUGGCAGUACCUGCUUCUGUGUCUAUAGCCCGAGGUGCAGGACCCUCUCUCAGGACCCCCACAUCUCCUUUAGCUGUGUCUAUGCCAGCCCGCGGAGUGCCACCCACACUCAAGAGCCCCACCUCUCCAAAUAGUGGAAGCAUCAUCAGCUGGGGGUUACCUAUCAGUCCUGUACAGAGAGGCCGUACUGCCAGUGCUAGUGCAGCUCCGACCCCGGUCUCCCCUUCUUCCCCAACGGACAACCCCUGGCUUAGUAAGACCCCUCCAACGGCCGCAGCCUCACUCAGUUUCUCCGAGAUUGUCCGUGACGAGAUCAAGAGACAGGAUAACCUAGUCAGAAAUACCAAUAAACCGCUUGGUCUAAUACAGAUUGAGGAACGAGCAAUACAAGAAUUACUUCAGCAUUAUCGGGCAGAUGAGAAUGUUGAUGAGUGUAUUACUGUAGAGAGGGUAUCCUCAGCUGCGGCUGCGCCCCUGUGGGCAGUGGACAGAAAGUGAGUCAAAGGGCCCGGCACAUCAUAUUGCUUACCGUCUCUGCACACUUAGUCUUAGUGUGUAGACUAAGGUCUGCCAGAUUUAAUUUUGUAAGACAACCCAGAAUUUGAAGAUCACGUGAUCAUGUGAUCCUAGCAUGUGUCAGAUGUAAUGUAUUGUACUCUGUCAGUGACUAGUAUGUUCUGGUUGUACAAAAAACAUUACGCAUGAUCUACAGAAAUACUCCGGGAAGCUAAAAAUGACACAUAUACAACGAAUGCACGGUCGCAGACAACGACUCAAAAAUAGGCAGUUAUCUGCGCCAUAACAUUUUGUUGAAGUUUUAAUUUACAAGUAGGUCAAUUCUGCGUAGCGCUGGCUUCAUCACACAUUCAGUCACUCCCCAAUUUACAUGAUUGUCAUAAUUAUACAGGGAAACCUUAACUCUGUGGUUUAGGUGUAGGGAAACCUUAACUCUGUGGUUUAGGUGUAGGGAAACCUUAACUUUGUGGUUCAGGUGUAGGAAUUUACAUCAUUGUAGGUGCAUUAGGAGUGGAUGGAAAUAUAGUAAUGGCUGUGGACUGGAAUCGUUUUGUGAAACAACACAUAUUCAUUUCUUGUUUAGAAUGGGUGCUGCCACACGAUCUUAAAAGGACAGAUUAUGCGGGCAAAGCAAUCUGAACGCAGUCUCUUAUUAUACCAAAGAGAUAAAUUUAUCUCGUAAGAAAUGUAUUAUACAUUUAACAAAUAUUUGUGUCAACAACAUGUAAAAUACUCUUAUAAAUAGGUGUAGAUAUCAAUUUGAUGUAUAUAUUUUCUACAAACUCAGGAUGCGAGAUUUCACAGGCUGUACCUCUUGUAUAUAAUUGUAUUGUAUAUAUAAGUUUUGCAUCAGAUUAUCUUAGUUCUUCAAUCUUUCCAACCACUACUGCGACCAAUAUUGUCAGACAUUCUGAGAGAACUAUGGGAUGCAGAGAAAUAAUCUGCACAGUUUUAUCAAGCUUGAAUCUUUUUUGGUGUCAUUGGUGUCAACAGAUCAUUUUAUGGUGUCAUUCUCAUAAUAAUUGUAUGCAUAAAUUCCGCUAAAAAAGUGCUUUGGAGGUCGAAAAGGUUGAAGAUUUAGAGUAAUGGUGACUUGAAACUACAUACACCCCAAUUCCUCAACUUUUUUCAUAUGAAAGAGCAAAUUUCAUUGCGAUAUAUGCACCUUUCUAGUUUGACUUUGGAAACAAAGCUACAUUGGUCGGGAUGGUUAUAUUCAAGGCUUGACCAAAAGUAUAGUUUUAUUAGUUCACACAGAAUAAU